ACAACAAAUCCCUCUUGCAUUUGCUGGAGCCGGUGAUGCCCCAGCCACCGAGUUGCUGUGUUGAGUGUGUCGGAGCCAUCCAUGCAACAUGAAGACCCCGAGGGACAGCUCGACGCCCCACUGCCCCAAGAAAUCACCGCCUUUUCCCCGGCUCUCUUCCUAUCUCAUCGACAGCAUCUUGGGACGUAGCAGUCCACCCAAUAAACGUGAGGUUUUCCCUUCCUCUGCCACACGGACCGACAAGGAGCCCGAGGGAGAGACGGCCUCUCUUCAACUGAAGAUGGGGAGUGAAUUUUCGCCAAGGGUGGAAGUUGAGGGUCAAUCCGAAGUAGGAAGGGUUUGCGGGUUGGAAUGGUAUCAAUCGAGUCGUUCCAAACGGGAGGAAGCGAGCAGAGGCGAACCUGAGAAUUGGUUUAAUGAACUUGCUUCAAGGGAAAGCGAUUCGGGCUCCGGUUUAAUGAGUGGACCGGAUCCAGUGAAAGCUCCGCCGAAAGACGGAGGGGACAAUGCGGGGAGUUGUGGGGAGAGAGAGGCCUCGGCGGACAACCAGGUUCUGGAACAAGGAGGAGGGGUAGACCAACCGAGUGAGGACACGGAGCAGAAAGAGAGCACCAGGGAGAACCGGACCCUUCAGUAUUACUCUUGUCCAGGAGACCAGGAGCACGGCUCGUUCAAGCGCAAACAGCGCCGCUACAGAACCACUUUCACCAACUUCCAGCUGGAGGAACUGGAGAGGGCUUUCAGGAAAACGCACUACCCCGAUGUCUUCACAAGGGAGGACUUGGCCAUGCGACUGGAUUUAACCGAAGCCAGGGUGCAGGUUUGGUUUCAGAACCGUCGAGCCAAGUGGAGGAAGCGGGAGAAGGCUGGAAACCUGGGUCAUCCUCACGCCCUGUCCUUGGCCAGUCCACUGGGGCUGUACUUGGAUGUACCAGUGGGCCAUUCCUCAGGCGUGGAGCCGAGCUGGAGGUCAGCGUCAAUCCCAUCCCUUGCUGCACCAGCAACUGCCAGCGCCUACAACCCUGCAGCCCAGUUAGGCAUCAGCACCUUCAUCGGGACCACAUUCUUCAGACACCCGUUGCUCAGUCCACACUUUGGGAGAUUUUUCACCAUGAAUCCGCUGAUGGCAGCCUCGCUGGUGGUGAAACCUUCGAUUCCCAGUCUGGACCCCAGUGUGUUUCCAGCCCAGCCUCAGUCGACUGUCUUGGAUAGGAAAUCCUCCAGCAUCGCCAGUCUGAGACUCAGAGCGAAAGAACACUCGGCGCCGAGCCCCCCAAUCGCUCUGCUCCCGAACCUAGCAAGUGCAGGCAAAGAGGUGUGCUGAAAGAUAAAGCUGCCAACUCCCCUCCAAACCCCCACCCAGUCAGCCCCUUAAAAGGGGUUGGCGGUCACUGAGCACACACAGUGUAUCCCGCUCAGCCACAGAGCAGAGGCAGCCGGAGUGA